CACACACACACAAAUAUAUAAAACGGUCUCGACUGGAAUGACUUGAAGCGCAUUAGGGUCCCUUCCUAAUUCUUAUCCGACUCUUACUGGUCAAUAUGAGCAGGAGGGAUAAUAACACGAAGCAAAUCAUGUUUCAGUGUUCCUAUGGCUGCCUGAGUAUUGUGUUUAGACAGACAAGUAAAUGUGUCAACCUAUGCGUUAGAUGUUAGGAUACCUAUUCAUCAACAUAAGAACCAACAAUAUGAGACAGAUUCAUCACAUCGUGAAAAUAAGCCUAAGUGGCUCAUGUAAUAACAAACAUGGUAGAGAUUUGGAGGGUACAGUACGGAUGACUAAUGUGAGAAUUAACUUUUUAAAUAUCUAUACAGGAUCAUGAAGAUGUCAGGAAGUGUCACAAGAUGCUGUGUAGCUCUGCUUCUUCUCCUGACAUCUGUGUCAGCUGCACACAAAAAGCUCAGGUCAAUCAGGGAUUUAAAGAAAAUCAACUUUGGCCAAUCUGUGCCCAAGCACAGUCUUAUGCUGCUCCACUGGUUUGCCAACGCAGUUAACAUCGACAAUAACAAUAUCAUACAGCUGAACUUUAACCCAAACAGCGAUUAUGGCUCACAUCAUUACGGCAACUACGAGGGACUGUUGGACCCACUUCCUCAGGGAUACCGGUACUACACUGUUGGCAAUCUCAAUCAAGACCUGUCCAUGUCCAUGCAACUUCCAGAUUAUGUUGUCCAUCCCAGAAGGGAGUAUUUGGGGGGCAACAGGGACAGGAUCAUAAUCAGAGUCCAGGAGCAGAGGAUAGACCAGGUGUACAUCACACAGCAUUAUGACACUUCUGAACAUCAGGGGACGCCUUAUGAUCCAGUUCAUACCUACCAGGUAACUAAUUACCUGUUACGACAGAUCAGAGAGUUUUCUGUGAGGGAUGGCCAACAGCCACUACUGUACCUUAGAAACCGCUUUGGAAGUAACGCUGAUGAUGGCUACAUCAGACGCACAUGGGGCAGCCUUGCUUGCCUUGGACUGUUCUUGUUUAUUGUGAUUGAGGAAAAGCACUUAUUGAUCCAACGCAACAACAGACCAGAAGCAAACAAUGGACCAGAAGCAAACAACGGACCAGAAGCAAACAACGGACCAGAAGCAAACAACAGACGGGUAAUCAUCGACCGGCAGGUAAUCAUGAACAGGUUGCUAAGCAUCAACAGGCCUGUAAACAAAGACAGGCCAGUAAACAUCGACAGACCGGUAAACAUCGACAGGCCGGUAAACAUCGACAGGCCUGUAGACAUCGACAGGCCUGUAGACAUAAACAUACUGGAAAGCAGCAACAGACCGGAGAGCCUCAACAGAUGUAGUCACUGUGGUUAUUGUGCAUUCUGGAUUUGCUGUUUGUUAAUAUUCAUUUUAGCAUUAUUAAUAGUUUUUUGGGCAUUGUUUUGGCGAUAAUUUUGAAAACCACAGCAAAAAUAUUGCUGCCACAGCCUUAAAAUCUUAUGAAAUGUCAUCAAGUCACAACACAAGAUCUCAUGGAGGUGUCCACUCCACUGAAAACAAAUGAAUGGUUCUCUGUUCACUAUCCACUUUAACAGUGAGCACCUGGAACAGUGAAAAAUGUCAAUCAAUGGCGAAAUAAUGACAAUCAAAUCAGCACCAGUAUAAGAACAGCACUUUCUCCUCAGCCAGUAUGACCGACAGAGCAGAUGAUCAAAAGUAAGCUAAGAGUUUCUCCUAUGUUUUGGUGUCCGUCUCUUAUUUUGACACACCAACCACAGGGACAGGGACUUCAUGGUGUUUACAGGUAGAAUAGAGUUCUUUUCCUGAGCUGCUGUGGACGGGAUAGGUUUGAGGGUGUAGGGCAAUGCUAACAUGCUUGUGAUUAAAAGGGCAAAUACUAAAUGACCACUUUCAAACUGUGUGCCAUGAUAGUCUUCAAGGUUUAGGUCUUCCCCAGACAAUCUUUCCAUUUUAUUCAGACUACAGGACCAUCAUAAUAAAUUCAGUGAUCAGCAUAUCAUCCUAAAUAGGAGCGGGGUGGUGAUCAGGGAAUAAAGGCGGCAUAAUGUUUGCUUGGACCCGCAGACUUUGACCGACAUGGCACAGUUUAAUAACCGCAGUGAAUUUUGCCUGCCUGUAAAAAAUUGCAAAACAUCAUAUGAGAUCAAAAACAACAUGAUCAUUUACAUUUUACUAUACAAUGAGGGUGGGUUUAUCAGUUUGUUUGGACAUUUUGAGCUUUGUAGCUGGAUUUGCAAGACUGCCGUUUGUUAACAACACAAAUCUGUCUUCAUUUCAAAUGUACUGGCACUGGGAAAGAUGGCAUUUAUUGUAUGAUAGCACACUGCUCCAGUGUGGUAGUAAAGCCUAUUAUAAAAUGUAAUAAAAACAUGUGACAUGGUCUAAUGUUCUAUUAGUGACUCAAUGCUAAUUCAUCUUCUGUCUGAUAGAGAUGAAGAGGAAGUAAGAUAAACUAAACCAACAAGUGAAAGACUAUGUCUGAUAACGCCAGCCUUCUCUGCUAAUGUAGAGUGCAAUACAAUUCUGGAUGUGUAUUUUUUUCUGUAAUGUUGAAAACUGUCUUUAUUAAAGCAUCAUCUAUCAUUCAGACCUAUGUCAUUGUUUUUUUUAAGUUUAAGAAAACCUGAUGAGCGCAAGUUUGAUGUAUUAAAUCAUAAAGACAACUUUAGAUAUGCUCAUUCUACAGACAAUUACAGGUCAGCCACACAGAGUUAAGGAUACCUCUGAUAUCUGAUGGUAUAUGCUUCCAGAUCAAAUAAGUAUCGGUCCACUAUUUUUUACUGCUUACAAUUUGAAAAUUGUUGAACCUGCAUUUUGUGAUAUAUUAAUACUCUUACAGACAAGUAAGAUUAUUUCAAAUUUCUUGCACCGGAAUUUAUAGUAUAACUCUUUAAAAGGAAAAGAAAGAUGAUUUAAAACCACCACACCUUUGGUUCAAGUGUUUUAUUGCAGCUAAUUUCUAACUGCCUGCUCUCAUAUAAGCACAGAGAUCAAUUCACGUAGAUCAGAUACGGACGGCAGAAGACGAAUGCAGGUGAGCUCCCAUUUUGUUUUCUGAUUCGCAGUUUUAGAUUUACCGUUACAUUACAGCAUUUCAAGUCUUCUUCUUGAGGGUUUUCUCCUCUUUGUUUUACUAUCCCUUUAGUGCUAUCUGUGGAAAUAUUGAUUUUAUCUGAAUCAAGGGCAUUAGGAUACGCAUUUGAGGUUACUUUGCGAUAUGAGAUAUUGGGCUAUAUGUUAAAAAAAAAAAAUAAAAAAAAUGUCUCGACUAGAAUGACUUGAAGCACAUUAGGUUCCCUUCCUAAUUCUUAUCUAAAUAAAAUAAAAUAAAAUAAAUAAAUCUGACUGCACUGUCUGUUUCUGUCUGCAAAAUUCAAGUUUCCGUCUCUGCCAGUGAGGGAGUAAGCGCACGGUCGACGGAUUGACUAGUUUGGUCUAGCUACCGGAAGACACGGAUGUCAACAAACCGGAUGAUGAAGAUGUCAGGAAGAGUCACAAGAUGCUGUGUUGCUCUGCUCCUUGUCCUGACCUCUGUGUCAGCUGCACACAAAAAGCUCAGGUCAAUCAAGGAUUUAAAGAAAAUCAACUUUGGCACAUCAGUGCCCAAGCACAGUCUUAUGCUGCUCCACUGGUUUGCCAAUGCAGUUAACAUUGACAAUAACAAUUUCAUCAGACUGACCUUUGACCCAAAUAGUGAUUAUGGCUCACAUCAUUAUGGCAACUACGAAGGACUGCUGGACCCUCUGCCACGAGGAUACUUGUACUACACUGUUGGCAAUCUCAAUCAAGACACAUCCGUGCAACUUCCAGAUUAUGUUGUCAAUCCCCCAAUGGCGUAUGAGAGAGAAAACAUGGACAGGAUCAUAAUUAGAGUCCGGGGGCAGAGGAUAGACCAAGUGUACAUCACACAGCAUUAUGACACUUCUGAGUAUCAGGGGACACUUUAUGAUCCAGAUCAUACCUACCAGAUCACUGUUAAUCUUUUAAGACAGAUAAGAGAGUUUUCUGUGAGAGAUGGCCAACGGCCACUGGUGCAUCUUAGAAACCGCUUUGGAAGUAACGCUGAUGAUGUUUACAUCAGGCACACAUGGGGAAACCUUGCUUGUCUUGGACUGUUCUUGUUUAUUGUGAUAGAUGAAAAGCACUUACUGAAUAAACGCAACAACAGACCAAAAAACAACCACAGAGUGGAGAACAACUACGGACCAGGAAAUAACAGCCCGGCAAACAUUAACAGAGUGGAGAACAACUACAGACCA